AUGACAGCUUCUCCUCAUUUGCGUAAUGCCUCUUGUUUUUACAAACUCGCCCGGGCAUUAAAAUUUCUCGCCAUCACAUCUGAAUACUACUAUUCAAAAUGGAACAAACAACAGGUGCCGACUUUGUGUGAGCUCUCGGCGAGAUGUGUCGCGUCGCACAUACCCUUCGAGCUGGUGGAGCACGUCUACCCUCCAGUUCCCGAGCAGCUUCAGCUUCGAAUAGCUUUCUGGAGUUUUCCGGACAACGAGGAGGACAUCAGACUUUACUCUUGCCUGGCUAACGGGAGCGCGGAUGAAUUUCAACGAGGCGAACAUUUAUUCCGUUCAAAAAGUGUCAAAGAUCCCCUACAGAUAGGGUUCCAUCUAAGUGCAACCGUAAAUACCCAAGUAUGUACAGGGUCAAUAAACAACAAGGAGCCCUUCAAAGUAUCUGUAACAUUCGACCGCCGAAGGAUAACAUCCUGCAACUGUACUUGUACUUCCGCCGCUUACUGGUGUUCUCACGUAGUAGCAGUUUGUCUCCACAGAAUCCACUUACCAACUCAAGUAUGUCUUCGUGCUCCGGUAAGCGAGUCACUGUCGCGGUUGCACCGCGAGCAGCUCCAGAAGUUCGCCCAAUAUCUGAUAAGCGAGCUUCCGCAGCAGAUUUUGCCAACAGCCCAAAGGCUGUUGGACGAGUUGCUGUCGACCCAGCCGAGCGCGAUAAACAGCUACUGCGGGGCCCCAGAUCCAACCGCUGGGGCUUCCGCCCACGACCAGACCUCCUGGUACUUGGAUGAGAAAACGCUCCACGGGAAUAUUAAAAAAAUUCUGAUCAAAUUUUGCGUUCCCUCGCCCAUUGUCUUCAGCGACGUCAAUUACUUGAGCACGACAGCGCCACCAGCCGCGACAGAAUGGUCCUCAUUGCUGAGACCUCUAAGAGGCCGGGAGCCCGAGGGCAUGUGGAACUUGCUCUCGAUAGUCCGGGAGAUGUUCAAGCGCACAGACCGGAACGCGAUCCCCUUGCUGGAGAUCAUCACCGAGGAGUGCAUGGCGUGCGAGCAGUUCCUCGUCUGGUGGUUCAACACCAAAAUCGCCUUGCUAAAUGGAACCGGCCACGGAGGCGGCAAGCACGGCAGCAUGAACAACAACGCCCACGCGUCCCAGCACGCCUGUUCCUCUCUCUGCGACGAGAUAGUCCUUUUGUGGCGGCUGGCGGCGUUGAACCCGGGUCUGUCUCCCUCCGAGCGCGAGAUGCUCCACGGACAGUUCACAGCCUGGCACAUGAAAGUCAUCGACAAGGUGACCAAGAGCCGGGGGACUGUUUCUCACAAUACCCAAAAUAGAAACCACGGUGGCACCCAGAAGGACUCUCUAAAAACCGACAUCGAGGUCUUCACCGGAUUCAAGCCUGCUCUCGAGGCCUGCUAUCUCGAUUGGGACGAGUACACUCUGCCGGGUAUCACUUACACCGCUGGCAGCAAUCCAAUGUACCACUGUCCCUUCACUUGCUUCCGCCACGCCGGGGACACCCGAACUGAAGUUAAUCAAGUUAAUUCAAGCGCCGCGGUAUUGAAUUGCCAGCCACCGAAUUCUCACCACCACAGCAGGCGGCCCCACUGCAUGGGUCUAGUUGAUUUCAGCUACAUAGAUCGCAAGCGACUUAACUCCCGAGAUUUUCCCGGCUUCUGUUCCAGGAACAAUCCCGGGAACAACGCCGCCAAUGACGGGAACAGAAGCAGCGUAAGUUCCGAGGGAUUCUGUGAGAACGACGGUGAUAUGUCUAAUUUACCAGCCUUUCCGCUGCCGUCCCAGGUAGACCUGGUGCGCCGGGAGUACGGCGAGCUGAACAAUUGCGGCGGAGACACUGACUCGCAAGAGGGUGGAGGCAGCGAGUCCUCUUCCAACAGCAACGUCAGCUUGAAGAAUGCUCAAGGUUCGGACAAGCACAGGUCAAACGCCUCCUCAGAGACACACAGUGACAGCAGCGAUAGUUGCAUUAAUAAAAUCACCAUAGAUUCAUCCAAGUGUCGCAUCGCCACGAUAGCAGAGUACAGAGAUCCUCAGCAAGCCAGUACCUCCACGGCUUCCACCAGCAAAGCUGUACCAGUUAGUAACAAACGAGAUACCGCUGAGUGUAGUUUAGCUAAAGAUCCGCUGAGAAGACCCUCCAAGGAUGAGAGCUCGUCGUCCAGCAGCGACAGCCCCUCCGGGGACGAGUAUAAUUUUUAUUAUUAUGAUACUAAAGCCAUGGCCAGUAUGACCGCCACGGAGAUCAAGGAUUUGAAGAACGACAGCCACGGGGCCAGCGCCAGUGCUGUUCUCGGGAAUCUAAAGAAAACCGAGGACCCUUGGGACAUUUUGUUCGCACGAGCUGAGGGCCUUUACGCUCACGGACACACACGCGAGGCUUGUAUUCUCAGUGUUAAAUUAGCGGAAGAAUUGCUGUCGCAUCCGCCGGAUUUGAUGAUUGAAGUCCCGCCGGUGGUUAUAAAAGGCAAGCGGAAAAAACAGCCGGUUAAUCCUGCGUCUCAUCAGCUUACUUGUUUGGCCUCAGCGACUCUGGCUAAGUGCGCGUUUUUGUGCACAGUUUUAAUGGAAAAUUUCGAGCACCACAAUCUGGCAUUCAGAGUCGGUCUAUUUGGGUUAGAAAUGGCGCGACCUCCGGCGAGUACUAAGCCUCUGGAAGUUAAAUUAGCACACCAAGAGAGCGAGCUCGUGGGACUGCUAAAAAGGAUUCCACUGGGGCCGGCUGAAUUGACAAUGCUGCGUCAGCGCGCUGAGCAACUUCGUGAUGGAAUUUUGAGGUCACGUGGCCACGCAUUGUUGCCGAUAAUGCUGGCGAGUUUGAUAUUUGAUGCGUUGAACACUUCGUUGAAAAUGAAAGGCGAGUGGUCAACGCUGACCAACGAGGAGGACGAAAAUCUUGGGUUUGAUGCGGCUGUAGCUGCUCUGGGGCUCAAAGCUAAUGUCAGCGAGGCUGAUCAUCCGCUUUUGUGCGAAGGCACUCGACGGCAGAGAGGCGAUCUCGCGAUUACGCUGCUUUUGCACUACAAAGACGAGCCGGUUAAGGUUGCUAAGAUAAUGGACAAGCUUCUGGAUCGGGAGAUUCAUCAGCUGAUUAAGACGCCGAUUGUCAGCAGCUAUUACAGCUCGAAUCCGCCGACCAAGAGCCAGCUGGCCAACUUCCGGCGGACUAAAAUGUGCUCGUCGCCUUUGACCGGGACGGAUGUCAGCGGAAGUGGCGAUGGAAUUGCUGGUACUAGCAGUAGACCUCACAGCAGCACUAGCGCUGAGCUGGAAGCUGGCAUGAGUGCUCUCACGGUCCAGCCUCAGGCUUCCCAGCCCCCGGUUUCCACCAGGACCAAGGAAACGAGGUACAAGUGCAAGAAGGUCUACCCGUCGAUCCCGAACCAGCCCUCAGAAGCCGGAGCUCACUUUAUGUGCGAGUUGGCCAAGACAGUUCUGUUAAAAGCUGGGGGUACUAGCUCGACCUCGUUGUUCACUCAGGCCUCGACUAAUCAAAACCACCAUGGUCCUCAUCGUGCGCUACACAUGUGUGCCUUUCAAAUUGGACUCUAUGCACUUGGACUUCACAAUUGCGUCAGUCCUAAUUGGCUCAGUCGGACCUACUCGAGCCACGUAUCAUGGAUCACCGGUCAGGCCAUGGAAAUCGGCGCUCCGGCAAUCUGGUUCCUGAUCGACAGCUGGGAAGGGCAUCUCACGCCUCCCGAGGCUGUUAGUAUUGCAGACAAAUCUUCACGUGGUAGCGAUCCUAAUAUGGUUCGUGCUGCUGCUGAGUUGGCUUUGUCUUGCUUGCCUCACGCUCACGCCCUCAAUCCCAAUGAGAUUCAGCGAGCCAUUUUACAGUGCAAAGAACAAAGCGACCUUAUGUUGGAAAAAGCGUGUAUCAUGGUGGAGAAUACAGCAAAAGGCGGCGGAGUCUAUCCAGAAGUGCUCUUCCAAGUCGCGAAAUACUGGUACGAGCUGUAUUUGCGUCACACACCCGGUGGGGAGCAGCAAGAUGAUAUUCCGCACGACCACCUCCAACUGGACCCGAAUGGCGCUCUGAUAGUAGAACCAGGACAAGGUCAACUGGACCUGAACAUCGGACAGAUGAUGCCAGGACCAACGCAGACGGUGGUGGUGACGAGUACUCAGCCGCCACCACAACCUUAUCCUCCUCACCCGACGAUGACGACUCUGGUGCCGGGUGUGGGGUUGCCCUACACCGUAGGACCGUACAGCUUCGUGCAUCCUCACCACCCGAUCCCGGCGUUCGGCGGACAGAUGCCUCCGCAUCGCGUGGCGCUGCCUCCUACGCCUCCGCACAUGCAGAUGUACCACGCGGCGAUGCCACCGCACCAGGUGCACCCUCAGCACCAGCGACACCCGCCACCGGUGACCCAGCCGCCGCCUGUCCAGCAGUACUACCCUCAGCCGACGGUGACGACGGUGAACGUCCAUCCUCUGCCUGGCGGCCACCACAUGUUCGGAAUGCAGCAGCCGAUGCCGGUGAAUGUCCCCCAGGAAGUCGCUGGCUCGAUCCCCGGUCACAAUGGCAUGCAAGGACCGGCUAUGGUCCAAGCCCAGCCGAUUAUUUCGACUGUUCGACCCCAACCGCAAGUACAUCGACAGAGCCAGGCCUUCAGUCCUCAGCAGUUGCGUCCACUUGUUGCUGCCUAUCGGGUCGGUAUGCUCGCACUGGAAACUCUCGCCCGCAGGGUACAUGACGACAGACCGCAAGCCAAGUACGCCAGGAAUCCGCCCUACGGCGAGGAUGUUAAAUGGUUACUCAGAAUUUCAAAGCGCCUCGGCACUCAGUGCUUUAACCAGCUCUGCAUGUGCACUGUCAACAGUAUCGUCAGUCCAUUUGUACUUCAUGAUGUUGCUCUUGAAGCUGCUACUUUCCACUCGAGAAGCAAUCCUACUAUGUUUUUGCAGCAUUUGAGGUACAUUCAAUGUAUGCAUCAUAAAUUGUAUCACUUAAUGUCAGGGGAGUAUGAAGAAUUUGCGAGCAUAGUUUGCGCAGCGCGAGCUGCUUUCCAUAUUACACCGGAAGGUCACACGCAGUUUAAGGAGUGGCUCCAGUCUAUGAAAAGAGCGGAGCCAGGCGUGACGUGGCUCACAUCUCAUCUUCAUGCUCCUCCCACACCUCCGGCCCAGCAGAUUCACCCUCAACAACAACAACAACAACAACAACAACAACAACAACAACAACAACAACAACAACAACAACAACAACAACAACAACAACAACAACAACAACAACAACAACAACAACAACAUCAACAACAGCAGCAGCAACCAGCCAGGACAGCUCUUGUACUUCAACAUCAGCAGCAACAUCAUCAACAACAUCGCCAUCCUCCAGAGAACCUCACCUACGUCAGAGGAUUGGCCACUAUAAACGAACUCGCGUGGGAUAAAAUAGCGAUUCCUUGCAUGUUCGACAGGUCACCGCAGUAUCACCAGCACCGGACAAUUCAUUACGCAACUGGCCCGCCACUUUCUCUAAUUCACAGAGACUCUAUUGCGAGGCCUCAUAACAUCCCUGACGCUAGGCUAGGACAACGUAGUUGA